AUGUGUCGUGAUGGCUCCACUGGUUACUUAAAGUGUGGCCAGAAUGGUCAUUUUAUGCGAGAGUGUCCAAAGAACAAACAGGGUAAUGGUAACGAGGGCAAUAGAGCCCAGCCUUCUUCAGUUGCCCCACCAGGCAAAGUUGCAUCUAGAGGAGCUACUCUAGGGGCAAGCAGAGGAGGAAACUAUCUUUAUGCUAUCACUAGUCACCAAGAAAAAGAGGAUUCUCUAGAUGUGUCACUGCCAGUGUACCCCAACUUCAGUUCUGAUGAUUUGGAUCUGGCGCCCCGCGCUACUCAUAGCGCCAAGGAUGCCAGAGACAAUUUUAGUGGGAAACAAAAGAAGAAUGAGAAGAAAGAGACGAAGGAGAAGAACGAGACGGAGGAGAAGGAGGAAAAGAAGGAGACGAAGGAGAAGAAGGAGGAGGAGGAGUUAACAAAAGUAUAA